AUGGUAGAAGUUGCUCGUUCUUAUAAUGUGAAUCAUCCAGCCUUCUGCACAAUUCUAAAGAACAAGGACAAGGUCAUGGAACAUGUGGCGUCCGCUGUGCCAGUAAUGUUGAUGAUGAUGUCGAAGAAGAAGCAUGGGAAGCUGAUGGAGGAAGUGAGGAGACUUCUCUGUGUGGGGAUCAGCAUUAGCAUCGAGUCCCGCUCAGCUUAUCCCAGUACAAUGCCCCACGUGAAACGCACAGAGGAGGAGGUGGGUGCCACGGAGCAUAAGGCUCAGCCCCGAGAGCCAGCGUUCUGGUCCUGUGGCGUUCUUGAUUUCCUGAAUGCUGGACCCAAAGGAGACAACAUUUAUGAAUGGAGGUCAACUAUAUUGGGACCCCCGGGAUCUGUCUAUGAAGGAGGGGUGUUCUUUCUUGACAUUACCUUUUCACCAGACUAUCCGUUUAAACCCCCUAAGGUCACCUUCCGAACGAGAAUCUACCACUGUAACAUUAACAGCCAAGGCGUGAUCUGUCUGGACAUUCUCAAGGACAACUGGAGCCCGGCCCUCACCAUUUCUAAAGUCCUCCUCUCCAUCUGCUCGCUUCUCACAGACUGUAACCCUGCCGACCCCCUGGUGGGCAGCAUCGCCACACAGUACAUGACCAACAGAGCCGAGCACGACCGGAUGGCCCGACAGUGGACCAAGCGGUACGCCACAUAGGCCUGCCGCUGCACGCCCGCACCUUCACCAAGUGCAUCGGUAGCCCGCCCAGGCUCGAUUCUCGGUUCCUAUUUUUAUGACACCGGACGUUUUGUGAUGGUAUGUCGUCCGCCCCACCCUCCUCUGGCCCUCGCUCUUUCUCUUGUUUUCCUCCCUUUGAAUUUCUGUUAACUUGAGAGAUUUGGGAUUUAUUUUCCCCCGCCAACGUGGGCGGAGCUUUGUUUUCAGUGCAAACAACGUUGGGUCUGUAAUAGUAAGAGCUUCUCACAAAGCUUUGUAUUACUGUGUGGUUUUGUUUCUCGUUGGUUGUUUUAUUUGGGGUUUUUUUUUUCCUUUUAUGUGAUCUUCGGGAAAACACAAAUUCAGAAUUAUAUCUCGUUUCUACUUCAAUGUAGUGCUUAGGGUUAAUUUUUUGUACUGAAGUCUUUAUUGGUGGGUGCAUGCUACUGGGAACAAGUUUUUGUACAAAAGCUUCAAUCAGAAUCACUGUGCAUUACUGAGACUCUGUUUAUCACUAGCCUUCUGUUCCCCCACACAGAAGACUGUUGGAUUGAACAAAAUAAUAUGUAUUUUGAUUUACUUAAAGUGCUUGUAAAUUUCUUAGGGACCUGCCACUUUUGACUGUGGAUCAGUUGAUGCACACUUGUAUUAUUAAAGCACUCAAUAAAUCACUGUGGCUGAUACAUGCA